AUGUCAGGCGCGACAGGGAACUCUGCAGCAGGCGGAUACCGCUGGGAUGCAGAGCGCUUUACGAAAGAGCGUGAUGCACGACAGGAGCCAGCGCCAUACCGCGAGAUGCGGCCGCGGAGGGGUCCGCCGUCGGUAGAGGACGAGCGAGAGCAUCGUACGGACAGGCGGUCGCUCUUCAGCAGCGUCCAGGACUACCUCCAGCCCGCCGAGACGCAGAACCACCACCUCGUCCCAGCCAGACGAGCCGACCGAGAGUACAACGACAAGCAUCUAGAGUCUGGAACUCCCUCGAGGAGGCGACCAGACGCAUCCCCGGCUCGAGGCGCUAGCGACGACCGUGAUUUUCGGCGCCCAACGCUGCUCCGUCGUCAGUCCUCGCUGGACAGGUUUGACCUCGCGACUACGAAGCGCUCCCAUGACUAUCGACGGUACGAUAGGGAUGACUACGGACCGCCCAUUACGCCCAGGAAACGAAGCCCCAAUAGGCUCUCCGACCUUAAAUUUGAAAAGCUGCGCAUCUCAGAGACUCACCUCGGUGAUGAUAUCGCUCGGAGGAGCAUGAGUGGACGCAAUAGAAGCGCAACCCCGCGGGGGAGGAGGUCUUCGAGCGUCAGACCGGAUGCUCCCCGCGAGAAGUCUAGACGGCCGAGUCCAAGGCCGGGGACGACCCGUAUACCCAAGCAUAUGGUUGCUCCCCGCGCCCUCGACGACCUCGGCUACGAGUUUGAAGAAUAUGAGGAGGAUAUCAUGAUAUCCAAGGUCCUUACGGACGAACGCAUCCAUGAGCUAGUCGAAUAUAGCAAAGUGAUGCGUCAGGGAGUACCUACAACAGCCAAGCGGACCAAGGAGAAGGAGACAGUGAUCAUCGGCGCCAAAGAUUCCCCCCUUGCUGUCGAACGGCGUCGGUCUGUAUCACGACGGAGAGCCAGAACACCCUCUCCGCCCAUGGAAGUCUUGCGGCCGGUGAGAGCGUAUUCUCCAUCUCCACGCCCACGACCCAGACCCAGACACGUCCGUCGACGAUCGUCUCCCAUCCGCGUUCUAGAGGUAGAAGACGACCACCCGGAACGGCUCCUGGUCCCUUACCGCAACCGCCCGUCUGAGCGUGAACUAAGAGAGCAGAUGAGGGUGAUGGCGGCCAUUGAAGGACCUCCAGCAGAGGUCGUUGUCAGGCGAGACCAUAAAGCCCCAACUCCUCGCCUGCUCCGUGCCAUGAUGGCAACUUUGACUUAA